CUGGGUAACGGUAAAGGGGGGCUCGGCUCGGAGAGAGGUACUAUAAUCACAUGACCGCUGCUCAUCUCUCUGUGUUUGGAUAUAACACCAUCAUCUCCUCUUGGACCCACAGCGAGAAUCCCUCAGCAGUCAACUAAAAGCAGAUUUACGGUGAAAGUGAACGGGAGUCGACAUGUCAGACGUAGUUCCUCCAGAAGUGAGACCCAAACCAGCUGUCCCCGCCAAGCCCCCAAAUGUGGGAGCUCCUUCCCCCUCCAGCCCCUUCCCACCCCAGGGCCCGGGUAUCGGAGGAGGCGGCAGCGUUUCAGGGCUUCCUCCAAGCGCCAUUCCUGUCCCCAUUGUGAAUCACGGCCAUAGUGUGGGUCAUAAUAUUGGUCAUGGUGUGGGCCACGUUGCGGGCCAUGUCGGAGGUCACACUGCCGCACACAACGGAGGCCACGGUCACGGAGGGUCCCACAGCUCGGGCGGGGGAUCCACUCUGCUGGGAUACAUUGGUAUUGACACCAUCAUUGAGCAGAUGAGGAAGAAAACCAUGAAGACAGGCUUUGACUUUAACAUCAUGGUUGUUGGUCACAGCGGUCUUGGAAAGUCAACUCUGGUGAACACCCUGUUUAAGUCCCAGGUGAGCAGGAGGAGCGCAGGGUGGGCUCGUGAUGAGAAGAUCCCCAAAACUGUAGAGAUCAAAGCAGUGUCUCAUGUCCUUGAGGAGGGUGGUGUGAAGAUGAAGCUGACAGUCGUCGACACUCCAGGCUUUGGAGACCAAAUCAAUAACGACAACUGCUGGGAGCCCAUUUCCAAAUACAUCAAUGAGCAGUAUGAGAAGUUCCUAAAGGAGGAGGUCAACAUCACCAGAAAGAAGCGCAUCCCUGACACCAGGGUGCACUGCUGUCUGUUCUUCAUUACUCCGACUGGACGCUCUCUCCGUCCACUCGACCUUGAGUUCAUGAAGCGCUUGAGUCACUCGGUCAACAUAAUUCCUGUGAUUGCGAAAUCUGACUCAAUGACCAUUGAGGAGAGACAGGAGUUCAAACAGCGGGUAAGGAAGGAGCUGGAGAUGGCUGGGAUUGAGUUUUACCCACAAAAAGAGUUUGAUGAGGACAUGGAGGACAAGAGUGACAAUGAUAAGAUCAGAGAGGCGAUGCCCUUUGCUGUAGUGGGCAGCGACAAAGAAUAUCCAGUGAAUAACAAACGAGUUCUGGGGAGGAAGACAGCGUGGGGCAUAGUAGAAGUUGAAAACCCCAAUCAUUGUGAGUUUGCUCAACUGAGGGAUUUCCUGAUCAGGUCUCACCUCCAGGAUUUGAAGGAGGUCACUCACAACAUUCACUAUGAAACCUAUCGUGCCAAGAGACUGAACGCGAACGGAGGUCUCCACCCCAUUUCCUCCAAUGACACCCAGGAAAGCAACCUGUAGUCAGUCAGCGUGAGACAGAUGGGAUGAACCUACAUACAAAUAUUGUUAUCAUCGUCACUGUGGCAUUGCUGCAUGCUUGAAAAAUUGGUGUCGUUCAUUCAUGUAAUCUCUUCCGAUUCCUAACUCCACCCAUCGUCUUCUACACUUUCUCCCCAACAAACACAUAUCAAACACCUCUGAUUUCAUUACAAAGUCAUUCCUAUGAACAUUUGGAUGAAAGGGGGGGCAGUCCAAAAACAGAUAACUUAGUGCCAUUAUAAAAUUAACAAUUAUUGACUGCCAAUGCCUUGUAAUUUGUUAUCAUACGGGUUGUAUAAGAUUAGAAAGUGCCACAUUAUUUUAUGAAUGAGAGGCACAUUUUUAAGUUUUAGUAGUGUGAAGCAACCAAUGUCUGAUUUAGACAAAUUAAAUGAUUUUCUCAAAAUAUUUAAACAAUAUAUAAAGUAUAGAACAGAGCAGUAGUUUACAUGGAUUUGGGAAGACUUGCCCUUUUUUAACAGUUAAUUGGACAACGUGCAUCUCAUUUUAAUACCAAUCUAAAAGUCUCUGAAACCACACACCUUUGCUCAUGUUUUUAGUUGUUUGUCUCUGUAGAUUGAAUGCAUUUUGCUCUUCCCCAUUCCCACUGGCCAUUCAUUAAAAUGAUAUUGGCCCAAAAUAAAAAUGAAAGAGUUAUAAGUAUACCUGAUGUUUGGUAAACAGAAAACAUUUGAAAUAUUAUUAAAUAUUAUUAUUAUUAUUAUUAUUAUUAUUAUGUGUUGCAAAGAUUUUUGUAAACAUUGCAGAGCUCUGUACUGUGACCAGUAUUUGUGUCAAUGCCAUUUUAAAAUCAAAUUCAUAUUGUUCACCACUAGGGGGCAUCACUCUUCCAUGUAAAAUGAGUGACUGCUGAGAUUAUUAUUUUAUUUCGUACACAGUCCAGAGUUAUUUCCUGAUGAAGUUUAUAGAGUGUUAAUCCUCCACUCUCAGUGAAAACUAAUACAUCUCUCCAGAUCAGGUUUACAAAUAAUUUAACAUUUUCUCCCGAAUGGUCUGUGCUCAAAGUGUGGGCGCAAUUAUUCCAAAUGAAUUAAUUUAACAUGUUUACCAAGUUUUCUUCACAAAUUCAACAUUUAUACUGUUCUGUCAUGCAUUGCCUGCAGUACAGUACAACAAUGCCAAAACUACAACAAAUUAAAUAUUUUGAUAUUUGUCAAACUCUUUUUGUUUUAAGCUUUAUUAUCAUUUUAAAUGACCAUACACUUUUGUGCGAUUUUGAUGUGUGACUUCUGCAACAAACUGAUAAUAGUUGUCUGUGGUUUUAGUGCAGUGGAAGAUUUCAAGCAGAAAUUUGAAAGUGUUAAUGUGUGCAUGCUUGUGUCCAUAUUGCCUCACAUAUCACUGCAACUUUACAUAAACUUAUCAAAUAUUCCUGAGUGUGUGAUGAGGUCUUAACUACUGGUAACUAAACUAAUAAACCGCUAUCCGUAAUUUAUUUAAUAACCUCUUUUUUCAAAGUUGCUGUGACACAUUGAUAUUGAUAAAAAAGUUCAGUGUUAUAUUGAGGUAUUUAUACAUUAAUGUCUUAUUAUUGUAAUUUAUUCUUUAUUUAAUAAAAGCACAUUCCCAU